UUCCAGGAAGCAUUUGGAUCACUCACCUCAUCUACACUGAGCAACAUGGAGCAUAUUCCCCUCCACGAUGGAAACUCCUCAUCAUCUCACAGCUCAGUCAACACAGAGCUCCUGUCUCAGAGCGGCUACACAAUACUGGCUGUUAUCAUGGGUGUGUUCUCCGUGGCUGGGAUCAUCCUCAACCUCCUGGUGAUUGUGGUGACAGUGAGGCACAGACAGCUGAGGCAGCCGCUCAGCUAUGCCCUGGUAAACUUGGCCAUAUGUGACCUGGGCUGUGCUGUGUUUGGAGGUCUGCCCACCACAGUAACCAGUGCCAUGGGAUACUUCAGCCUGGGACAUGUGGGCUGCAUGUUAGAGGGUUUUGCUGUUGCCUUUUUUGGUAUAGCAAGUCUGUGCACAAUAGCAGUCAUUUCUGUUGAACGCUACAUGGUGGUGUGUUAUCCCAUGGGUGCUGUCCUGUUCCAGACCAGGCAUGCUGUCGCUGGAGUGGUGCUGUCCUGGCUGUGGUCGUUUGUGUGGAAUACGCCACCUCUGUUCGGUUGGGGAAGUUACGAGCUGGAGGGCAUCAAGACCUCCUGCGCCCCUAACUGGAACAGCCGGGAUGUCGGGGACAUGUCCUACAUCAUCAUAUACUUUUUCCUUUGCUUUGUUGUGCCCUUCACCAUCAUUAUGGCGUCUUACUCACGGCUCUUGUGGACCCUCCGCCAGGUGACCAAGCUGCAGGUAUCCAAGGCCGGCAGCACAAACCGCGUGGAGGUGCAGGUGGCACGCAUGAUAGUGGUAAUGGUGAUGGCCUUCCUAGUGACCUGGCUGCCAUAUGCUGGCAUGGCCCUCGCUGUCAUUAUGGACUCCAGUCUAAAUAUUGACCCCAUCAUUGCCACCGUACCUGUUUACUUGGCUAAAAGCAGCACUGUCUACAACCCCAUCAUAUAUAUUUUCAUGAACAGACAGUUUCGAGCAUACGCUGUUCCCACCGUCCUGUGUGGGUGGAACCCGUGGGCCUCAGAUCCACAGAUGUCUGAGGAUGAGACCACGGUCGCUUCUCUCAGCAAGACCCAAAGAGUCUCGCCGAAAGAGUCUUUGAAAGAAUGACAGCAGCGCCAGAUCACCAGAACGACCUUCAGCCAUUAGUCAACCCCCUACACUGGACUGCAUAUCUGAAAGGACAUAUGUAGACACACCCAGGAUAAAAAAAGGAAGAAGGCAACAUCGUCAAACGAGACUCUGCAGGUGUUCAAUCUUUUUCCUGCUGCGGCUGUCACCACGUUUUAUGUAUCCUGACAAUAAAGACAACCCCUUUGUCUUGCUCUCUGUCAUGGAUAUUGUUGAUCAUGUGUUAUCCUUUGUGUUUCACCAUGACGAUUGUGAGAGUUGUCAGAUUCAGGGUGGAAGGCCUAAAAGUUUUGAAGAUUAAAGAUUCAAAUCCAAAAUAUUGUGUGAAGUCAGAUGUCAGAUGUUCUCUCUCCUCCCCUCAGAGUGGGAUGCAUGUAGAGGAGUGUGAUUGGAUGUUGCAAGGCAGGUGGUGUGUGCCGAUUGGGCUGUCCGCAGAGAUUGCUGUCACCGGAUUGGUCCAAUGCAGGACAGAGGAUUUUUAAACCACCAGCUGACAGAAGCUCUCCCCUCCUUUUCACUCUUCCACUACCAACAGAAAUUGUUUCUAAGUACCUGCUAGCAAAGUAAAUCUUGAUUUUAGUAGACUAGUGUGAAUAUUUUGAUAACUUCGUCAUUUAGGAAUGUUAUUUGGU